AUGGCGCGCCCUAGUGCAGCGGCGCGGAAUCUGUCCCUGAUGGAAGAGCUGGAAAAGCUGGACCAGUCCAUCACGUUGACAUUGCAAGAGAUCGAUCAAAACUUUAGCAAGGCGCAUAGAAUCGUCACUACGAGUAUAAUACCCGUUGUGGAGCAUUAUGGUGAGCAUUCUCGGGCCGUUUGGGAAGCGUCCAAGUUCUGGAAACAAUUCUUCGAAGCGUCGGCCAAUGUCUCGUUGUCGGGGUACGAAGAGCUCGCCAACGAUGACGACUCUACCAUGAUGGAAGAAAGUACCGCGAUACGGGAUGAGACUCUGACGGCCGAUGAUUCACCAAGCCAAGCAAAAUUGAUGUCAUCACCAGUCGGCAGAGACGCGACUAUUCACAUGGACGAUUCGCUGUUGGACGAUGCAGAACUGUCGGGUAGCACCCCUCGUCUGCCAAGGACCAAGACGAUCAGUGCGGAUACGUUUUCAAGCUCCAUGAGGCUCGAAGCGAAGGGUCAGGAAGGUGACGAGACAACCGUGCUGCAAGACGAACAAGAUUCCACAGUCCUCUUUGCGCAAAGGACGGCCCGGCUGCCCGACAUGUCUUUAACGCCAAGCGGUUUGCGGGAGCACACGGCCGCCCAGCAGCAAUCCGGUGGACGGAAGAAGGAUCCCUUGCUACACCGCAUUCUGGACAAGACCUAUCGUGUGCGAACCACUCCCCACCGGCCCGGAUCACGAGCCUCCCCGCUGAAACGUGAGCGGGACGAUGACGGGGAAGAGACGAAAGCGAAAGCUCCAUGGCACGACGAUGAUUCCCUCUUGUCAUCGCCCGAGAUGGCACCGCCAACCCUGCGCAGCGAGGUGUUCAUGUCACCUUACAAGCUCCUGUCGCGACAGCGGGCUGCAGCGACGGCUGCCCGAGGCGGCCAAGGUCCCAGAACUCCCGGUGUCAGCGUGCAGACGCCCGCGACGGGGAAGAAGUCGCGGAAUGCAUUGGAUCCGGCAACAGCGGGACGCGGGCGUGCACCAAGCGGCGCAGGCACUGGUGCAGCUGCGACAGGCACAGAGACUGGCAACAGGGCUUCCCGUGGUGGGCCAAGGUAUGAAAUUGACUGGGAAAGCGGCGGCGACGACGACGACGACGACGACGACGCGGACCUGUACGCAGGCAUGAGUCCGCCCAAGACGAUUCAGUUUGCGCUGCCUCCAUCCAAGCUGCUACAAACACCGGCCCGAGAAGCAAGCCGGAGGAUCGUAGACGACAUUUUGAUAGACGCAGGUGCGGAUCCAGAGUCGUCCGAGUACAGUCCGACAAUGGUCAAGAUGAACGAGGACAUGCUGAACGAUAGCUUUUGA